GCAUCAUCAUCACAGAACAAAGCAUGGAAUGGCAAUCAAACCUCUACCUCAACUUUAUAGACUUUGAAAAGGCCUUCGACAGGGUUGAUCGUGAAGUAAUUUGGAAACUACUCGAGUACUACGGCGUACCCCAAAUAUUCAUCAACCUUAUUCAACAGCUGUACGACAACGGAACAUGUCAAGUCAUCCACAACGGAGAACUCAGCGAGGCGUUUGGAGUAACCACAGGAGUCAGACAAGGGUGCUUAUUAUCACCAAUGAUAUUCCUAAUUGUGGUGGACUGACUGGAUUAUGCGUCAGACAUUGGGAAACGAGAAGACAGGGAUAUCCUGGACCAACGUGAAGAACCUAGAAGACCUGGAUUUCGCGGAUGAUUUGUUUUUGAUGUUACACAAAAUCGAACACUUACAAGCGAAAACGGACAAACUGGUCGAAGAAGCAGGUAGUGAAAACAGGACUCCAGGUGAACAUAGACAAGACGGAGGUUAUGAAAAUAACCAACCAACAACAACAAGAGCAGCAACAUCCAGUGCCAAUCACCAUCAACGGGAGGGAUUUGAAAGAGGUUACCUCAUUCUGUCUGUCUGUCUGUCUGUUUUCGA